CAUAAAAGAAGCUUCCUGUCUCACCUGCAGGGAGUAAAUUGCUGGCAUGAUCUGGACAACACAGAGUAUGACUGUUGGCCGAUCAACAGUCCAAAUGAUUUCAACAUGAUAAGCUGUGGUGGUCUGGAAAUGGCCUGGGUGCAGCGUCCUCCAGAAAAAGUAACCAAUGGGGAAGAGUUCAAUGUCUCGUACACAGUGACGGCCUCAGAUUCUUUCUAUGAAUACGCAGUCAGGAACAAGAUUUUCCAGUUCAGUACUGCAUCAGAGGCAAAGACGUUCUGUCAUGAACAUGACUGCCCGGAAAACUGGAACAAUGCCAAUGAAAUGAACUGCUGUGUGUAUCACGCCAACAUCCACUCCUGUCCUCUCGGCCUCAUGAAACAAGAUGGGAUCUGUGGCCCAUGGAUUCCUGACGAUGGUAAAAUAGUGACGCACACUGUGUCUAAAGCAGGCAAGAUGCCUCAGAAAUACUGGACUUCAAAGGUGGUGCUGAUCCAUGUGGGCGUCACCUCAGUCAUUGCUCAUAUCAAAAUAGGACAGAUGCACGCCGCACUGGAGUCCAAAGUGCUUGUUGUCAGUGCUCAAGUGUGUGGGGAUGACAUCUGUGAGGUGGACGAGAACUGUCUCAACUGUCCCGCAGACUGUGGUAUCUGCCCGAUGUCCAUCACUAUUAAGGUGGCCAUCGGGCUUCCAGUUGCUCUCUUCAGCAGCGGCUUCAUCCUAACCAUGGUGUGGCUCCAGUACCAGAAACAGAGGAUGUUUUGGGAUGAAAGCUGGAUCAUAAACUACAAGAGCAUAAUAUUUGGUAAAGUGUGCCACGUGGGCCUGGGCAGCACCACCAGCCUGCAGCACAUCAAGAGCAAUAACUCCACCAUCAGUCAAACUACUAAUGUGACCGUUUGUACCAGAGUCAACACCACCUUUAAACAAGGCUUUAUCCAGCGAGGCAUCUACGAUGGAAGGACAGUGGGAGUGAAACACAUCCAGAAUAAACAUUUCACCCUCUCUAAAACCAUCAGGAAGGAGGUGAAAGAAGUAAGGCAACUGGACCACCCCAAUUUAUGCAAGUUCAUUGGUGGAUCCAUUGAAGUCCCUUACGUCAGCAUCAUAACAGAGUUCUGCCCCAAAGGAAGCCUGUCUGAUGUCCUGCUGAAUGAUGACAUCCCUAUCAACUGGGGCUUCAGAUUGUCCUUUGCGACUGACAUCACCCGCGGAAUGUCUUACCUCCACCAGCACAAGAUGUUUCAUGGAAGACUUCACUCCAGAAACUGUGUUAUUGAUGACCGCUGGGUGUGCAAAAUCUCAGAUUAUGGGCUCACAGCUUACAGGAAGGAGGAUUUUGAGGCCGUCAGCAGUGGCUUCAAUUUUUUGGAUGUAAAUCGCAUAUACUGUGCCCCAGAAGUCCUGCAGGGAUGCAGCUCCAAUAUGACACCAGCGGCAGAUGUCUACAGCUACUCUAUGAUUCUGCUUGAGAUUGCAACUCGCACUGACCUCAUUUCAGACCAGCCUGAGGGAGUGAGAAUGGAUCUCAUGUGGCGCCCCCCUCUGCCUGAACUCAAAGCAGGGAAGGCAGAUACUGACUGUCCCAGUCAAGGAGACUACUAUGAGCUUAUUAAGAAGUGCUGGUCUCAUAAUGCCACCAUGAGGCCCACGUUUGAGCAGGUGAAGAAGACGCUCAACAAAAUGAACCCACACAAAGUCAGCCCUGUGGACAUGAUGAUGAACCUGAUGGAGAAGUACAGCAAACAUCUGGAAGCCAUAGUUGCUGAGAGAACACAAGACCUUCUUCAAGAGAAGCAGAGGACCGAUCGGCUGUUAUACAGUAUGUUACCAAAACCGGUGGCUGAUGACCUUCGUCAAGGUCGGACAGCGCAGGCACAGAGCUAUUCCAACGCUACUGUCUACUUCAGUGAUAUUGUCGGCUUUACUCAGCUGUCUAGUGCCAGCACUCCCCACCAGGUUGUGAACUUCCUCAACCAGCUCUACACCACCUUUGAUGACAUUAUUGACAAUUACGAUGUCUACAAAGUGGAGACAAUAGGCGAUGCUUACAUGGUAGUCUCUGGGGUCCCUCAAGAAAAUGGCAUCAAUCAUGCUGGAGAGAUAGCCAGCAUGGCUCUUGAUCUGGUCAGUGUCUGCCACACUUUUAAGAUCCCCCACAAACCCAACACACAGCUAAAGAUAAGAGCUGGCAUCCACUCAGGUCCUGUUGUGGCUGGUGUGGUUGGCACGAAAAUGCCUCGCUACUGCCUAUUUGGAGACACUGUCAACACAGCGUCACGCAUGGAAUCAACAAGUGAAGCACUGAAGAUCCAGGUGAGUGGUGCCACAGCUAACCUGCUUCACACACUCAGAGGUUACAUUCUGACAUGCAGAGGAACACUUUCUGUGAAGGGAAAGGGGGAUAUGACAACAUGGUGGCUUGAAGCAAAGAGAGAUGAUCAUACAGACCCACUGCUUAGAACACCUCGAUUCAGAGGAAUCCCAGUGCCAGUUAGUGACUAGAUCUGGGUUUAUGGAGGCUUAAAUGGGAAAACAACUGUAUGAAAACUGGUCAGGCUUUGUGUCGUGCAAUUGAAUUGUUUUACACUGAGCUAUUUUGGGGUUAAAUGCCCAGAUACCAUGAUAGGAUGAACAAAUAGUUGAUCAUUCAUUUAAAUGUCAUACUGAACUGUAAAUCCAAUAGAUGUUACCAGUGUUCAAAAGUGUUUGUCAUCAAGCAAACACCUCUGAUAAUAAUUUGUAGAAAUAAAUGCAAAAUAUUUACAAAAAUAUGUUUUUUACUACAAUUGUGUAUGUAUUUGUAGUUGGGAAGAAUGUAAAAAAAUAUGCACCGAAACAUGCCAGAGUUGAGGUAAUCACAAAUUAUUUUUUAUAGGUUAUUUUCAUAGCUUUCAUAGCUUUGUUUGUAUUUUUGCAAUGUGAGGCAUUUUUGUGACUUUUCUGAUAAAUUAAAAGUAAAGGAGAUAUUUACUGCUUGAAAAUGAAAAGAACCCUCUCUUAUAAGUAAAACAAAAACUUUUCAAAGAACUCCCAAGGGAAAAACAGAGACUUCAGCACACUGAUUCAUUUGCAGCAUUUAAUUGUGCAAACAUACUAAUGUUUUAAUGCUGCUGUGUCUUCAUCAGAGUCAAAGAUAAACUCUGUCUGAUUCCUUACAUUCAAAUAUUUUGACAAAGAACUGGCAUCUGAUAGAGUUGCCUUUUACACAGCAGACGUUACAUGUAUGUCUAAGCAGGAGAAGCACAGGUGUAAUUAUUGUACUUGAUAUUUGCUUUUUUCCAUUUAUUUUUGCCAAUUAGGGCCCCAGUAUUGCACAUGAUUUCUCACUGGCAUUGCUUCUUUGGAAAUUAAAACAAAGCCAUGUGGAGAAAAAAAAAUUGUCCUCAAACUGGGUGUACAAGUAGGCCUACUUUGGAAACAAACUCUUCCAUUAAAGCUACUUACGUUUUCCAAAUAAUGUUGUUUGCCUUGAAUUUUCAAAAUGUUGCAUGCCUUGUUGAUGCAGAAUAGAUCUUAUACUCACAGAUGUAGCCAAAUAAAGUCAUUACUUUUGUAAAAUAAGAAUAUAGUAUGUAGUAGUCUGUGUAAGACAUGCAGUUUAAUGAGCUAUAUUAUUAUUGUUAUUGGUAUUGUGUUAUGUUCUGUGAUUGUAUAAAUGUCAUUAAAGUUACUUUGAAGUUA